UUGUCAAAAUACAAUUGAUGUCAUUUGUAUUUUGAAAAGCAAAUAAUUCGACUUUCCAAGUGGAACUUAUUGUUCAAAAUUGAUAUAUUUUUUUAUCUAUUGAAAAGAAAAUAUUGUUAUAUUUUACUACAAGAGCUGUAUCUGUAACGUAUUGUUUCAGUGAAGUUAUACAUGUGUUUAUAUUUAUUAUAACCUCCAAAUUUUCACAUGGCGGUCCUUACGAGCAUGGAAGAGAAAAAAGAAAUUGUAUCAAAGAAGAGGAAACUCGGCCCCGAAUCAAAUCCGAAAUCAAAACUAAAAAAGCAAAAGAAAUCAAAGCCAUCCACAGACAAGGUAGAGAAACCUGAAGAAACGGAAAUAGCUGGGAGCCUGGAGAAUGUUGCAGCACAACCAGAAAUUCAAUCAUCACCGGAGUUGGCAGAGAGAUAUCCAGUGCUAAAUGAUAAGGAAUUGGUGAAGAGAUUCCUUAGUGUGCCCAUGACUAACAAUCAAAAAGGUAGAAUCCGCCAAACAUUAAGGCAAGGAGUAAAGGGAGCAAACGAAGAACUGGUCCCUGACGCAAUUUACGGCAAAAUGCAAGCCAUCAUAAAACAAACAGAAAAUUUAACAGAAUCGGACUUAAGAAAACUUAGAAUAUUAUACAAUAUGUUAAACCAUGCAACUAAAGCGAACACUGUACCAAAUAAUACAGAUAAAAAGAAAAAAAAGAAAAAUAAAAAGGCGGGAAAGAAAGAUGACAAACAGGCUACAGAAAAUACAAAAAAAAUUGACAGCACAGAUAAUGCAACAGAAAAUGAUACGACAGAGAGUGGUGCAGAUAAAAAAGAUGAAAAGGGCGAUGAGAAAAGUGGCACAGAUAAAAAAGACAAAGUGAAGGGGCCGAAACGAUAUGUGGUGUUUGUUGGUAAUUUAGUGCCCGAUAUUGAAAAAGAAAAGUUGAUGUCACACUUCUCCGAGUUAACCGACCACAUAGUGGACGUGAGAUUGCCGAAGCGUGAGGAAGGAAAGAAGAGCAGCAUUGCUUAUAUAGAACUUAAAGAUGAACAUAGCUAUGAGUUGGCCCUCUCCAAGCAUCACACGAUGUUGGACAAUAAGAGGAUCAAUGUGUUGUACACAACGCAGAAAAAUAGUAAAAUAAGUAAAAGUGAAGCCAAGGUAAGCUCGUGAGUUAAACAACACUUUAUUUCAUCAACAACUA